GACAAGGAAGUGAUUCGACUAAAAUGCUUUCGUUUGGUAAACGUCGUUUCUUGUCGCAAAGAUCGUCCAUUUUCAAGAGCCUUUUCAAAGCAGUUUCUGCAAGGAUGGUCCAUGGGGAAAGCCCAGUGCAAUCUGCUCUUUCACAUCUAAAAGACAUUGCAGUAACGCCAGAUCAGCCAGAAGCCUACAAGGAAGCAGCAAAGAUCUACAAUCCAAACUAUGCCUACGAGCAGCCAGCAUUUGUGGCCUUUCCUAGAAAUGUCGAUGACAUCAAGCGAUGUUUGAGGGUUGCUAAAGACACUGGUACUCCAUUGGCUAUCAAAUCUGGUGGACACUGCUUUGCCGGAUACUCUACCAUCGAUAGCCAAGGUUUUGUCGUGUCCUACAAGAACAUCAACAAUGUUACACUCCAUAAUAACAUGGUCACGGUAGAGUCUGGAGCAAGCUGGGGCGACGUGUACUCGAAACUUGAAGGCUCAGAUUAUGUAGCUGUUGGAGGAUGUGUACCGGCAGUCGGUAUCGGGGGGUACAUUCUCGGAGGUGGCUACAGCAUGCUGUCGCGUGCAUAUGGUGGUCUGGCUUGUGACAAGGCAGUGUCAUACACGAUGGUGACGGUGGAUGGCGACAAUGUCGUGAAGGCAUCAGAGAACGAGAAUGAGGAUUUGUUUUGGGCUUUGAAAGGCGGUGGAGGAGGAAAUUUUGGAGCUUUGGUUAAUGUGACCCUAAAGGUUAGUCCUCGCCCUCGUCAGUUCGUUUGGACUCGCCUCAUUUACGAUGACAAUGAAAGCUGCGAAAAAGGUCUUAUUGCAGUUGGAGCUAAUUUGAAACUCUUGCCAAAAGAGCUGAACCUUGACAUGGCUAUUCAUGGCUUCUUUGGGAAAAGGGUCCUCACUCUUGAUGCUGUCUAUUCUGAUCACCACGAAAACAAAGUUUUAGAAGCGCUAAAAAGUCUUCACCCAACGACGACGGAUCCUCCACGAAGGUACACGUCUUACUUGCAGUUCGUAAAUGAAUACAGCAAGAGGCAUGGCUUUGUUCAUUACGAAGUAGAGCCAAUAUACAUCAAGGGAGCUAUGAUCAAGUCCUUGCAUCCAGAUUUGGCCAAAUUCUUUGCUACUUUAGAAAUCCCUUCUGAAUGCCUUAUCGAGUUCGUCCACAUGGGAGGUGACAUUCAACAGUUUUCUCCAACAUCAACAGCUUUCCCCCAUCGCUCUGCUGAGUACAGCUUUUACACAUAUGGUAGGUUCAUUGACCCAGAACACAAGGAAGAAGUGCACAGUUUUGCUACGUCAACAUAUGAUGCUGUAAAGAAAUCAGGCUGUGCUGUCGGCAGUUAUGUGAACUACAUUGAACGCCACCUUAAGAACUGGGCUGAUGAGUACUAUGGGGUGAACUACAAAAGGCUCUGUGAAGUAAAAAGUAAGUGGAAUCCUGUGGGAAAGGGUUCAUUGCAUUUUGAACAAGAAAUUGGUUCCACUUGGCAACCUAAAGAUUAAAAAAGUUAGUUAUUGUCUGUUGGUAGCUUCUACUUCUUGAAGCUUAAUGAUAGUAAUAAAGACGUACAUGUACUAGAUACUAUGUUUUAGGAUCUUUUAGGAUACUAGAUUAUGAUAAAAAUUAAAUAAAGGACAGAUUCAAUAUUAAUAACAGUGUGAUAGAAUUUUACCACUGAAGAUUUAAAAAAAGUUACUUAGUUAUCUGUUGGUAGCUUCUACUUGAAGCUUAAUGAUAGUAAC